CUCUCUUUCCAAACGCAACUUCACAGCAAAAUGAAUGCAGAAAGCCAGAAACCCCUUUCAUAGCUCACUCUCUCAUCUCUCAAAAUUUCGGGCGAAAACCCUCGAAAUCUGUCAAUUGAAGCAGAAAAAUGGCGGAUAAGGGCAAAGGGAUCGCUGAUGAUUAUUCAUCAGGGAAACGGAAGCACGAUGGAGACGAUAAAUCUGCUUACCGGAAGAGAAAAAACCUCAAUGUCCUCCAGUUCUUCGAGGACGCCGCUUUAGAAAACGAGGAGAGCGAUUCUAGUGACGAUGACGUUUUUAUAAAUGACGUGUUUCUUGAAGAUGACUUUGGCCCAGAUAUUGAAGUCAAGGCUGAACCAAAGACUCCUAACAUUCCUUUUUUUCCAAAAGAAGAGGAGAUGGAUGUAGAUGAGAUGGAGAAAAUCUUAGAAGAGCGUUAUAAACCAGGUUCUACUUUUGUUAGAUACGCAGAAGACCAAACUACCGAAGCUCCAAAGUCGGAUGAAAAGAACACAUAUAUGUUAUAUUCGAUGGAUCCAACAAUCUGGAAAGUCAAAUGCAUGGUUGGAAGGGAGAGGCAUUCGGCUUUUUGCCUCAUGCAGAAGUAUGUUGACUUGAAAGCUCUUGGAACUAAGCUACAAAUAGUUUCUGCAUUUGCUGUUGAGCAUGUGAAGGGCUUUAUUUACAUUGAAGCUGAAAAGCAAUCUGAUAUUAAUGAGGCAUGUAAAGGUCUUUGCAAUAUAUAUCCAAGCCGAGUGGCUCGUAUUCCAGCUUCUGAUGUUCCACAUUUGUUCUCUGUUCGAAGCACUUACAGUGGGGUAAAAGUGGACACCUGGGCUCGUGUGAAAAAUGGGAAAUACAAGGGAGAUCUAGCACAGGUUGUGAGUGUGAAUGUGACUGGAGCUCAGAAGAAAGUUACUGUUAAGCUUGUCCCAAGAAUAGACCUAGAAGCUGUUGCUGAAAAAUUUGGUGGAGGAGUUAAUGGGAAGAAAAAAACAAUACCAGCUCCUAGAUUGAUUCCUUCCAGUGAACUUGAGGCAUAUCGACCACUAGUUCAAUAUAGGCAUGAUCGUCAAACUGGAGAUACAUAUGAGGUUUUUGAUGGAAUGACACUGAAAGAUGGUUACCUUUACAAAAAAGUGCCAUUGGAUUCAUUGAGUUUCUGGGAUGUCAGGCCUACUGAAGCUGAGCUUAUAAAGUUUAUGCCUGCCAAUAAAGAAGAAUCCAAUGAUGUAGAGUGGCUUACUGGACUUUUUGGUGAACGUAAAAAGAAAAAACAAACAGUAAAUAACGAUAAAACAGGUGAAAAAGGAGAGGGGAGCUCCAGCAUGGAGAAUAGUUUUGAAGUUCCUGAUCUUGUGUUCCAUGGUCGCAAGUCAUUUGGGAUUGUAAUUGGGAGAGAGAAGGAUGACCGCAUUAAGAUUUUGGAGGAAGGCACAGAACGGAUGGUGGUAGUGGCAGUUGAAGCUCGUUUGUUAAAGAAGGCUGAUUUUGAUAAGAAAUUCAAUGCCUUGGAUCAACAUAAAAAGAUCAUAUAUAUGAAUGACACUGUGAGGGUCUUGGAAGGUCCACUAGAGGAUAAACGAGGAAUUGUCAAGCAAAUAUACAAAGGGGUUGUGUUUGUAUAUGAUGAGACUCUACAGGAAAAUUGUGGUUACUUUUGUGCCAAGGCACAGAUCUGUGAAAAGAUGGCAUCUUCUAUGGAUUCUUAUAAAGGAAAGGGUGGUAAAUCAGGUGGCUCUGGUUUUGAUGAUGUCCCAUCAUCACCCAAGUCCCCUUUAUCACCUAAGAAACCUUUUGAAGGGAUUGAUAAUAACCGCAACUUUGAAGAUAAAGAAGGUUUCUCUGUUGGGCAGUCAUUGAGAAUACGUGUGGGCCCCCUAAAGGGAUACAUGUGCCGUGUCAUGGCAAUUCGAUAUUCAGAUAUCACUGUAAAGCUUGAUUCCCAGCACAAGAUUCUGACAGUUAAAGCUGAGCAUCUUGCUGAGGUUAAAGGAAAAAGUUCUGGGGUUUCCACUGGGGAUGGGCAGGAUUCUGCAAAGCCAUUUGAUAUGCUCGGUGAGCCUGGGAGUUCUCAAGGAUGGAUGGAUGGAGGAGCGGCAUCUGAGCCUGGAGGUGGUGGUGGAGGGUGGAAUACCGGAGGCCAAACUACUGAAAGGAGUUCUUGGGCACCUUUUCCUGCAGCAGCAGGAUCAUCACUUCAACCAGAAUCUGGUUCUGCAAAUCUUUUUGGUUCCACGGAUAAUGAUGCCAGUAAAGAUGGUGGAGAUUCUGCAUGGGGUGCAGCUGCUGCUAGUGAAAAGAAAGAAGCUGGUGGUGGGUGGGGAGCGAGUUCAAGUGGUGCUAAAACUGAAAAUUCAGAUGAGGGAGGAUGGGGAAAGGCUGCUGCUGCUGCUGCUGGUGAGAAGAAGCCAGCUUGGGGUUCAGCUGCUGCACCUGCAACUGAAACUGGUGGAUGGGGCAGCAAUGCUGGCGGUAGUAACGAUGGUGAAGGGAAGUCAGCUUGGGGCUCAGCUGCUGCAGCUGCACCUGUAACUGAAACUGGUGGAUGGGGUGCCAAUGCUGGCGGCAGUAAUGAUGGUCCGGGGAAGUCAGCUUGGGGAUCAGCUGCUGUAGCUGCACCUGCAACUGAAACUGGUGGGUGGGGUGCCAAUGCUGGCGGCAGUAACGAUGGUGCAGGGAAGUCAGCUUGGGGCUCAGCUGCUGCAGCUGCACCUGCAACUGAAACUGGUGGAUGGGGCAGCAAUGCUGGCGGCAGUAAUGAUGGUGCAGGGAAGUCAGCUUGGGGUUCAGCUCCUGCAACUGGAAGUGGUGGAUGGGAUGCCGCCACGAAAAAGGAUGAGGAUGCUGGGGGAUCUUCAUGGGGUAAGAAGGUUUCAGAUGGUGGGGCUGGUGGUGGUUGGGGGAAAAGUGUGUCUGUGACUGGGGGUGAAUCUGGAAAGUGGGGGGGAAGUGCUGACAAGGAAGCUGAAGGUGGAUCUGGUUGGGGUAAUAAAAAAGAUGAAGGGGGAUCAUCAUGGGGUAAGGCAGGUGGUGGAGGGGGGUCUUCAUGGGGUAAUCAAGAUGGUGGAUCUUCUUGGGGCAAGCAGGAUGGAGGUGGUGGUGGUGGCAGAGGUGGUAGCCAAGGAGGCCGUGGCAGUGGUGGCUGUUUUAAGUGUGGUGAGUCGGGGCAUAUGUCUCGGGAGUGCCCACAGGGUGGCGGUGGAGGUGGCGGGAAGUCUUGCUUUAAAUGUGGUGAGUCAGGGCAUAUGUCUCGAGAAUGCCCCCAGGGUCAGGGUGGUGGUGGUGGUGGCGGUGGCAGAAGUUGCUACAAAUGUGGUGAGUCGGGGCAUAUGUCUAGAGAAUGCCCACAGGGUGGUGGCGGUGGAGGCGGUGGUGGAAACUGCUACAAGUGUGGUGAGAGUGGGCAUAUGUCUAGGGAAUGCCCCCAGGGCGGUGGGGGUGGAGCUGGAGGUGGCAGAAAUUGCUACAAAUGUGGUGAGAGUGGGCAUAUGUCCAGGGAAUGCCCUCAGGGCGGCGGGGGUGGUGGCGGCGGCGGCGGACCAAAAUCUUGUUUCAAAUGUGGAGAGAGUGGGCAUAUGUCUCGGGAAUGCCCUCAGGGUGGCGGGGGUGGUGGUGGGGGUGGCCCAAAAAGUUGUUUCAAAUGUGGUGAGACAGGGCAUAUGUCUCGGGAAUGCCCACAGGGCGGGGGUGGUGGUGGAGGUGGAGGUGGCAGAAAUUGCUACAAGUGUGGUGAGAGUGGGCAUAUGUCUAGAGAAUGCCCUCAGGGUGGGGGCGGUGGCGGUGGUGGUGGUGGCAGAAGUUGCUACAAGUGUGGUGAAAGCGGUCAUAUGUCUCGGGAAUGCCCACAAGGUGGUGGUGGUGGUGGUGGUGGUGGUUGGGGGUCUUCAGGAGGUUGGAGCAGUGGUAAUCAAACAGGGGGUGGCUGGGGAAGUAAGCAAGCCUCAGAUGCAGGUGAGAAGAAACGUGAUGCACAAGGAAGUGGAUGGGGCGGCGGCGGUGGUGGUGCAGGAGGAGGAGGUUGGGGUGGUAGUUCAAAGACUUCUGAUGCACAAGGAAGUGGCUGGGGUGGUGGCGGCGGCGAUCAAACAGGAGGAGGAGGAUGGGGUUCUAAUAAGAAGAAUGAUGAUGCAGCAGCAGAAGGAAGUGGUGGCUGGAAGAAGGGAGGAUGGUCAUAACAAGUUUAACAGAUGGAUGUUUGGUGAAGACGUUACUUUUUCAUGCUUAGCUUGAAUUUUAGAAUAUAAUAUUUAAACCUGGUUGUCGAAUUUGGUUUUGAUCAAGUCUUUCUUCUAGGUGUGUUUUGAAUUUAUUUAUGGAUGAUGAAACUCGCUUGUUUAAAUGGAGAUGCAUGUUUCUAA